AUGCGAUUACAAACUACGACAGCUCAGGAUCAAAACGGCCAACGUGAGUCUCUUUCGAGUGGGUGUCCGAUUGUUGUUCCGGAAGAGGGUUUACGUGCUGUCUUGGAAGAAUACAGCGAGAUUAUCGAGAAGACAGCGGCACAGAUGGAAGCUGAAUUGAACGAUGAAACGUCAUGGGACUUCAUUGGAGACAAAGAUGGUGUCAAAGCCUACACCAAAGUGGACGGCUCGCUGACAGCGGCCAAGGGUGUGGGCUUUUUGCCGUAUCACCCGCGUGUCAUUUGGGACCAGUUUAUUGACGCCACCAAACGAAAACUCGUGGACCACCAGCUUGCUCUUGGCAGAAAGUUAAAAAACAUUGCAUCCUCAGACCCAUAUCGACUAUCUAGAAGUAUUGAAGAUCUGGAGCUCUGCCCGCUUAAAGAACCUAAGGUCGUUCGCGGUGAUCUGCACCUGGCUUGCACCAAGAUAGUGCCUAAUGCGGCGUAUGACGGCGCCAUGGUGACUACCAUGGUCAAAACAGAUAUCAAGGGUAGCAUUCAAAUGACCAAUAGCUAUUAUCCCGCUCCUACGGUGGACAUCUCUUGUCUGGUUGCGCUGGGUGACGGCAAAGACUUUGGCGUUGACCAGGGGGACCGAAACAAAAGCAUGAGUUUGCUGCCAACCUGGGUCAUGCGUAAUGUCUUCGGGUGGCUUGGGGGUGCCUGUGGUGUUCGCAUUCCACAGGUGGGUAAAGAUCCGUUCAAGUUUGGCAGCUGUAUGGUGACAUCCGUCGGCAUGAUGGGGUUGGACAUGGCGUUCCCUCCUACUACAUUGUAUUCGCAAGUGCCCAUGCUCGUGAACAUCGGUUCAAUCUUGGACAAAGCCGUAGUUGUGAACGGCAAGGUUGAAGUGCGUCCAAUGCUAACACUUACCACGACAAUCGAUCAUCAGUACGCGAACGGUCCUGAGGUGGCUCGUAUGGCCAAAAGCCUCAAGGAAUUUGUCGAGAACCCGAGCUUGCUUGAGGCUAUUCUCGAUGCUUAG